AAACUCCAKAAUCCGACCRUCAUCACUUUCCUAUAAGUCUUUGCAUUCAGUAUAAGAACUACAGCUAGCUGUCCGCAUUAUCCAUUCGUCCGCAAUAUGCGGGUGUCCAGUGUGUUUUCAAACAAUGCGCCCGCGAUGUCUCAUUAAAAUGCACAUACUAAUCAGUUACCGGUGUCCAGCGGAAGUCGUCAUCGUCGGGAAAAGGAAGUAACAUGGAGAUCGCCAAACAUCCUUGAGAAAACCCCACAAAUUAAGUGUAGAUGUUUGCUAAACUYAAGCAGAAAAUCGCCGAGGAGGAGACAUCUUCAGAUGGCAACAGUUCGCAACCGUCUAGUCCUCAAAGACGACGAAAAUUUAAGCCAAAGACACGCGGGAUCAAUGGUUACCCCGAAAACAAGUGGGAACAGCGAAGACUGAGYACASCAAGCCUUUACGAGUCAAAAGAGAGCGUUUUUAGUGACUUAUCUUCAACUUCUGGAUAUGGAUCGAGGCGGCCGUCAUUUACAAGUCGACCGACUUCUCUUACUCCAACGUGGACGUCUUCAGAUGCUUCCAACAGUUCGGUUGGACCUGGUGCCUCACGGGAAGAGAUUCUCGCCCUCCUUGCACAGAGAACCGAGCAAGUCUCCAAGCUUGAACAGAAAAUCCAAGGCAUGACUGGGCUGUUGAAGGAAAAUACGAGAGCGAAAGAAAGUUUAGAGGAGAAGCUGGAGAAGCAGCAAAAAGAAUCUAGUAGAAAGCUUCUCGACUUAGAAGAAGAAUGUCAUCAACGAAUAAUGAAAAUUAAAUCAGACCACGAGAAAGCCUUGAAACARAAAUCACAAGAUUUGCUUGAUAAAGACAAAGCGCAUUUAGCGGAAAGUAACCGAUUUGAGGAUUUACGUGAGCUACAUGGCUUACAAGAACAAGAGCUUGGGAAAAUGAAAUCAAUGUUCAUACAAUACCAGAGUGACGCGACGCGAAAAGCUGCAGAGAUACUUGAAAAAAGCAAGCAAUUAGACGACCUUGACAAAGAAUACGCCAAGCAGAAAAACGAUUUAGAAUCACUACAAGAACGACUGGACGACUUAGCUAGAGAAAGAACCAAAUAUGAAGUUAGAGAAAAACAACUCCAAACAAAAACUACRAACUUAGAAAAAGAAAAUACCUCAUUAAGAGACGAACUGAAUAAAAGUAUCAGCGAGCUAACUCAGAAAUCAUUACAACUUUCAAGAAUAGAGAAAACAUUUGAACAAACUGAGAACGAACUAAGUAGUGUGAGACAGUCACACACUCUCUACAAAAACCAGACGAGUGCGCAAUUGCACGAGAAACAAGUCCAGGUUGACAAUUUACAAGAAAGAAAUGGAGACUUAGAGAGAAGGCUUCAAGACUAUCGUCUUUCUGGAAAUGACAAAUACGAAGCUAUAGAAAGAGAGCGUCAAACACUCGAAGAAAGAUUAUCAGAAGCMAGACAACAACUUAUCGACGCAAGAGCAGGUUCCAAUGACAGAAUUAAUACACUUGGAUCGCUGGUCAGUACUUUGAACGAGAGACUUGAACGAAAAGACACGGCUUUAACAGAAUGUAAGCGGAUGCAUGACCUUGAAAUUACUUCAUAUAAGGAAAAGAUAUCGAGUUUAGAGGAUCAGUUAUCAUCGACAAAACACCUUCUACAGGACAAGACAAGUGGAUCAGAACGAAUACAAACACUGAUCAAGAAAAAUGAGCAGCUUGAGCGGGACCUCGAGCAAGCUCGACAAAAUCUUCACGGUAGCAGUAAAUCGGCAGACGAACAGAUCUCGCACAUGGAAACGGAGAUUCAUCGACUUGAAGAAACGCGACUACAAGAACACAACGAAGUACAAAAACGAAUGGAACGCCUCAGUGAAAUAGAAAAGGAAUAUUCGGUACGAACAGACCACUACAAACUACGUAUUGCUGACCUUGAAGAAGAAAAAGAACACUUACAAGGUGAACUCGAUUCUCGGACGGAGGAGCUUCGUCAAGUGUCGCUUUGUCUUGAGGACGCCAUGACAAGAACGAACGAACUAAAAAGCCAAAUUGGACGUUUCGAGGAAAAUCUAAAAACCAAAGACGACUUGAUGACAGGUUUAAAAGAUAAGGACUCUGUAGACCCUUAUUACCUAUCRAUGAACAGUGCAGAUGCCGUGAACGCGUUGCGAGUUGACCUCGACAACUUUAGAAUGCGAUGUAAAAAGUCUGAAGAAGCCCUUUUAGAUAGAGAGAAGACGAUUUUACAACUACGAAAUACACUGAAAGACAAAGAAGAAUUCAUUAACCGUUCGACUACAAAGCUAAAACAGUACGAGGAAAAUAACUGGCUGGCAAGAAACGAUAAGAUUUAUGCUUCGGACGCAAGAGGUAAGUGGCCAUUGUUGGUUCCAAUGCACCUUAAUUGGCAAAGGAUCGUUGUCAGUCCAAUCCCAAUCAUCAUCAUCAUCACCAUUAUCAUUACUGUUGAUUUAGAUUAA